AUUCCUCUUCAAAUCAACACUUUUAAACCAGCGGACCGGUCCGCGCCUUGCGCGUCAGCAGGCGACUGCACAGCACAUGUUUUGAUUCCCGAUUGCGAAAAGCAAAGUGGUUUGGUUGGGGUGGAUCCUGGAUGGAAGGAGGCGAUGGAAUGUGUGUCUGCCGUGGACAGUGCGUCUUCCUAUACGUCUUGUAAUGAUAACAGGAUUAGGACAACUGGACAAGCCACCCGAGACUCAACAUCAACGGCAUUGUGAGUCGCAGUGAUCAAAGACCUGGCCAUGAAUGAGGAGACCAGGACGUGUGACUGACCAAGGAAGCUUUGACAACACAACUUUAGACUAAAGAAAAAUGAUGUGUAUCCAGGGUGGAACUGACUGUUAGCCUGAUAACCAUCGCUAUGGCGUUUUGCAACGGCAGCCUGCUGGCUAGGUGUGCCCCCCUGAUGGAGCUGGAAGAAGAGGAAGGGGUGGUGAUUUCACCACCGCCGCCUCCGCCGCCAGGGGUUGGGACUACUAGUCCCCUCAUGCCUGUCACCCUACGUGUGACGCUGGCCGCUAUCAUGAUCUUCAUGAUCGCCAUCGGUUUCCUGGGCAACGCCAUCGUGUGUCUAAUCGUCUACCAGAAGCCCGCCAUGCGUUCUGCCAUCAACCUGCUCCUCGCUACGCUGGCAUUCUCUGACAUCAUGCUCUCGCUGCUCUGCAUGCCCUUCACCGCCGUCACCGUGGCUACCGCCGACUGGCGCUUCGGGGGCGGGUUCUGCCGUGCUUCCGUCAUGCUCUAUUGGCUCUUUGUCCUGGAGGGCGUGUCCAUCCUCCUCAUCAUCAGCGUAGACCGUUUCCUCAUCAUCGUCCAGCGGCAGGACAAGCUGACGCCACACCGUGCUAAGCUACUCAUCGGCGCUUCCUGGGCGCUGUCCCUCUGCGUGGCGCUCCCGUCUGUGAUCGGCUGGCGGGCGGGCGCGGCGGGUGUGACGGGCAUUGGGGGGGCCUGGGCGCCACAGUGCGUGCUGGGCUACAGUGAGUCGCUGGCCGACCGCUGCUACACAGUGCUGCUGGCAGUGGCAGUAUUCUUUGUGCCGUUCGGCAUCAUGCUCUACUCCUACCUGUGCAUCCUCAACACGGUCCGCCGCAACGCCCUACGCAUCCACAACCACACCUCCGACCAGGCCAGCCUCCCGGUCCUCAACCAGGUCAGCAAGCUGGGCCUGACUGGCCUGCAACGUCCCCCGCAGGUCAAUGUGGACAUGAGCUUCAAGACGCGGGCCUUCACCACCAUCCUCAUCCUCUUCAUCGGCUUCUCUGUGUGCUGGCUGCCCCACACAGUGGUCAGUUUGCUGGCCGUGUUCAGCCGGAGGUUCUACUUCAGCCCUGCCUUCUAUCCGGUCAGUGUGGGGGCUCUGUGGCUCAGCUAUCUGAAGACCGUGUUUAACCCAGUCAUCUACUGCUGGAGGAUCAGGAAGUUCCGGGAGGCGUGUCUGGAGUUCAUGCCCAAGAGCUGCAGGCUGUGUCCCAGGGUGCCGGGCCGGAGCCACAGGAGGGUGAGACCCAGUAACAUCUACGUGUGCAGUGAGACCCAGUCGGCUGUGUGACAGUAACAUCUACAUGUGCAGUGAGACCCAGUUGGCUGUGUGACAGUAACAUCUAUGUGUGCAGUGAGACCUAGUCGGAUGUGUGACAGUAACAUCUACGUGUGCAGUGAGACCCAGUCAGCUGUGUGGAACUAACGGUCACUCUGAGGACACGCCAUGGUAACCGUGGAAAGCAGUGGUCACCAACUCUGGUCUUGAAGCUACAGGGUGCUCCACUGGUGUAAUGGACCUGCUAUACUCUAUACGAUUUGUUAAGACAUGAACAUUUCAGCAGUAUAGACGGGUUGCUGCUGAAACGUUGCUGUCUUUUAACAAAUUAUUUGCAUUGGCGCAAUAGUGGUGAGGACAGUACAUUCUUGUGUUUUGUCUAAAGUGCUGUGGACACUGGACAGCCAUGAACAGAGGCACUCAAAAGUCUUUGUGUGACUGUCUUUAUUUCCCUUCUCCCAAAAAAAGACCUGACGAGAAAUGAUGUACAACUGGGAACAGUGUUUUCUAUUUAACCGUUUCCAUGGUGUUUGUAUAAUUGGCUGAGUACUGUUGGUGAUCGUUUACCCAGAUGGUUGUUGUAUAUGUCUAAUUAUACUAUAUGUAAAUGAAAACGUUGGAUAAAAUUGUAAAGAAAUGUU